AUGUUUUGGCACAUCAAGCUGGAGAGGAACAUCGUCCUGGAGCCUAGAUUCUUCGGGCGGAACAUGAGGGAUACGCUCAUGCAGAGGCUGAAGCAUGAGGUCGAGGGCAGCUGCACGGGUAAGCACGGGUACAUCGUGAUGGUCACGGACUUCACCAACAUCAGCGAGGGCAUGGUCACCGACGACGGCACGGCGCGGGCCAAGUUCCGCGUGGAGUUUGACGCCAUCGCGUUCCGGCCUUUCAAGGGACAGGUGCUCGACGCGGUGGUGACGGAGGUGAACAAGUUCGGGUUCUUCGCCGAGGCCGGCCCGAUGAAUCUCUUCGUGUCCAACCAGCUCAUAUCGGACGACAUGAAGUUCGAGAGCAUCGACAACGCGAACCGUUACGUGAGCUCGGAUAAAUCGGUGAGCGUGCAGAAAAACGGCGAGGUUCGGGUGCGAGUGGUGGGGAUGAGGAUCGACGCGCAGGAGAUCUUCUGCGUGGCGACCAUGAAGGAGGACUACCUCGGGGCCAUCGACCAGGACGCGGGUGCCGACAAGGUGGCCGACGAGUACUAA